GCGCCGCGGCCCCGCUCACUCUAUUUAAAUCCAUACAGCCGCACAGUCGCGCCGAGUGACCAUUCGUGUUCAGACGUGCCCCGUGAUCAGUGAUUUGACACCUCAUGGCGGAAGGUGGUGAGAAGCGGAACAUCCCUAUCAAGCUCGGAGACUUCAGUGUCAUCGACACAGAGUUUUCCAACAUCCGCGAGCGGUUUGACGCGGAGAUGCGCAAGAUGGAGGAUGAGAUGACCAGGUUCCGCUCCGAGCUGAUGAACCGCGAGAGUAACUUCUUCAAAACCACAUCCAGCACAACAUCCAACACACUAUCGACAGGCUCCACUGAGGCACCCAAGGGCUCCAACACGUGGCUCGAGAGCCUCAACUCCCCGCUGAUCCAGGACACCGGCGACAACAAGAUGUUGAAGCUAAGGUUCGACGUCAGUCAGUACCAACCCGAGGAGAUUGUCGUUAAGACAGUAGACAACAAACUACUGGUCCACGCAAAGCAUGAAGAAAAGACAGAAAGCAAAUCCGUGUACCGGGAGUACAACAGGGAGUUCUUGCUGCCCAAGGGUACGAACCCUGAGAGUAUCAAGUCUUCGCUGAGCAAGGACGGCGUGCUGACCGUAGAGGCACCACUGCCUGCCCUGGGCCAGCCCGAGAAGCUGAUCCCCAUCGCCCAGAACUGAACCUAAGUGCCUCUCAGCUUCGACUCUGUGCGUGCUUACACACAGCUUUUAUACUUUUAUGGAAGUGUUUACCAUAGUAUGUUAUAUGUUGUAAAUUUUAAUUUGAGAAAAUUUAUUUAUCAGUAUUUUUAUAAAACUGUAUUUUUAUAAGUUGAAUUGAAAACUAAAUCAUUGUAACCCCAUUAACGGAGACUAUAGGUGUAAGUGUUGUAGCAAUAUGUUAACUUAUUAUUUUCUUUAUUUAUUCAGCCGAAUUAUUCUCAAGUGGAGAAUUUAACUUUUGUUUUACCUUAUGAUGUUGAAAACAAUUUGAUUUUAAUAAGUGUUUAUAUUUUCUGUUCUUUUAUGUAAUAAACGUAAUAUUGUUUCAA